AAUCAAGUAUCGCACAUCACUAAAAUAGUGCAAAGUGAGUUCUUAAAAGUGAUAAAAUUAUACUGAUAAAAAAAUCAGCUUUAGGUAUAUUUCAGCUGCAUAGCUAUAAAAAGUGAAAACUAUAUUUUGUAAUGUAACACAUAGUAAUUGUACAGAGCGUUUAUUUGCUGGAAAUACACAUAAUUUUUUGUUAUUAGGUAUAGUUGGACCAGCGUUGCCGUUUCUUGCAUAAAAAGUCUAUUUUACAUAUUACUUCUCAGCCUUAUAAAAAGUUUUUAACUAAUGGCUCUAUGUACAUAUUCAAAGCAUAUUUAUUGUUCAAUCGACCAACAGAAACGCAAUAGGUUGGGAACUGCACGCACAUUAUUGUACACAAAACUUAACAAAAAAGAGUUCAAAAUACGUAACGCAUAAAAGCACAAAUUUUUGGAAAUAUAACACUCAAAUAAAGCAGUAACAGCGACGCACAUAUCUUAAAGACGCUUCUUGAUCUUUGAGCUAAUUAGACUGGCUCAAAACGGAGGUAAUAGGGAGGCGGAGUCUCCCGACGGGGCGCAAGAGAACAGAGCAGCGUGUUGGUGGACACCUUGGACGGCAAUGGGUUGCUUCGGGUCACCCAGUUCCAAACAAACGGAUGUAAAUUCAGAAGACUCCAAAAGUCAAAAGCGUCGCAGUGAUGCAAUAUCAAAGCAGCUCCAAAAGGAUAAGCAACUAUAUCGUGCUACCCAUCGACUACUAUUGCUAGGAGCUGGAGAGUCGGGCAAAUCGACUAUUGUCAAGCAAAUGCGUAUUUUGCAUGUUGAUGGAUUUUCCGAGCCAGAGAAAAAGCAAAAAGUCGAUGAUAUUAAGAAAAAUAUACGCGAUGCAAUCCUGACAAUUACUGGUGCAAUGAGCACAUUAAAUCCACCUGUAUCAUUAGAAAAGAAGGAUAAUGAGGCAAGGGUUGAAUACAUCCAGGAUUACGCUUCCAGUCCCGAUUUUAACUAUCCUCCGGAAUUUUAUGAGCAUACAGAGGAACUAUGGAAAGAUCGAGGAGUAUUGCAAACAUUUGAAAGAUCAAAUGAAUAUCAACUGAUUGACUGCGCAAAAUAUUUUUUGGAUCGAGUAAGCAUAAUAAAGAAACCAGAUUAUACACCAAGCGAGCAAGAUAUUUUAAGAUGCCGUGUCUUGACUUCAGGCAUUUUCGAAACACGAUUUCAAGUAGACAAAGUUAAUUUUCACAUGUUCGAUGUUGGAGGCCAACGUGAUGAGCGACGUAAAUGGAUUCAAUGUUUCAAUGAUGUUACAGCUAUAAUUUUUGUAACUGCAUGUUCCAGCUACAAUAUGGUAUUGCGAGAGGAUCCAACGCAAAACCGUCUUCGUGAAUCAUUGGACUUGUUCAAAAGCAUUUGGAAUAACAGAUGGCUACGCACAAUUUCUGUAAUUUUAUUUUUAAAUAAGCAAGAUUUAUUAGCUGAAAAAAUUAAAGCUGGAAAGAGUAAACUGUCGGAGUACUUUUCCGAGUUUAACAAGUAUCAAACACCAAGUGAUGCUAUAACAGAAUCUGGUGAUGACCCAGAAGUGAUCAGAGCAAAAUAUUUCAUACGAGAUGAAUUUUUGCGUAUUUCAACUGCUAGUGGCGAUGGCAAACACUACUGUUAUCCGCACUUUACAUGUGCAGUUGAUACAGAAAAUAUCAAAAGAGUGUUUAAUGAUUGUCGAGAUAUAAUUCAAAGAAUGCAUCUUCGCCAAUAUGAGUUGUUAUAGGUUUAUUUUUAGUGUCAGUGGAAAUAAAAAUAUGCAAAUAAAAAACAAAAUUCUUUAAGAACAAUUAAAUAAAAAUACCAUGUUUGAUCAAAGACAGA